AUGAGUAAAACAUGUCAGAGACGCUGGGCGAGCUAUGAUUUAACAACCGUAGAUAUCGGGAAGGGUCCAGGAUCAGAUGAUGUAACUACUGACAACGGAAAGUACACAUAUAAAGCUUGUGCCGAAAUUAUUAUUGAUUUAUCUACAAGCAAAUAUCCAACUGGAUACACAAAAUAUACUCAUGCACCAAGGCGAGUGGGUACUGGUUCAAUAAAUCCUUAUAUUGGUGGAAUAAACCAUCAUGGGACGGAACAGAGGGGGUUUGGAGAUCUGGACGAUUGGAAUUCAAGUUUGGACGUAUAUUAUUUGGAUUAUGAUACUAGCAGGGUCCUUCCUUUGGUAAUAAAGAUUACCAGAUAUGGGUACACAAUAUAUACUUAUACAUAUUUUAAUAGAAAAGAGUACCUUGCAGUUUCUGAUUGGAAAAGAGAUACAACUAUUGGAAAUGAUGGAGAUAGUCUUACAGCAAAGCUCAAGGAAAUUAGUGGAUCACUUUCUGAUUUGAUGGUUCUUAAGAUUGAUCAGGUUAAAAAUGGGAAUUAUUAUUCUAAUGGAGAAGAUAAACCCCCAGAGGCAAAUAGGGAUACUCAAGUACAAGUAACACAGUCCACAUAUGAAACUGUUUACAAUAAGCUCACUCACAAGCUUCCUGGAAAGAAGUUAAGGGUCCUUUCUACAAAAAGUGGUAGCACAAACACACCUUUUGAUCUUCCUAAUGUACACAUUACACCAUACAGUGAGGCUCAUGUCUACUUCUGGACUGGGGAUGCUAACCAUGAGAAACCUCUACUUAUUUCAUUGUCAUCUGAGACAAGUUCAAAGCAUUAUAAAUAUGGGAGUGGGAAAUGGAAGCUUGAAUCUGGAGAGAUAAACGAUGGUAAUCUCAAACAGAAUCUUGAUCAAGAAAACUGUGACAGAAAUGAUGCUCAUAUUGUAAAUAUCAGCUACGAUGGUGGUAGUGGUUACAACUGUCCCAGUUGUGGUUCUAAAUGGGUCUUAGUAUCCAGAUAUGGUACAAGGUAUUCCUAUUCUCAUCAUAAUCUUGCUGGUAGCUCUAUUCGUAGAUUUAAGGAUAGAGACAAGGAUCAGGUUGGACUACCAUCUCUAAAGGGUACCAGUCAAGUGUACGUUUAUCAAUAUCCAAAAGCUUCUGGAACCCCUCUCUUGAUUUAUCUUCCAUAUUCACCCAACAAGUGGUACCAGAGAAUCUCAAAAACAGGUAAUGAAUGGGAAAAGGUUCAAGGUGAUCCUCCAAGUAGUCCUGGUGACCCUAACAUUUUUAAACUUCUGAAGACUAUAAAUGGAGAUAAGGAAGGACUUUCCGAUGGAGCCAUAGCAGGAAUAUCUGGUGGAGUACUAGGAGGUGGAGGUGUCAUCGGUCUUGGAAUCUGGAAAGGACAUGCUCUAUUUUCGCUACUAAAAACACUCUUUUAG